AUGGCUGACCAGGUAGAGGGGAGCAGCGAACCAGUCGAUCUUUCCAAGCAUCCGUCCGGCAUUGUUCCCACUCUACAGUAAGCCCUUUUUCGUGCUUCCUGUAUCUUAUCGAAGUGGUUAGAGGCUUUUGCCAAGAGACAUGUGUGAGACGUUUUACGGCGGGACUUCCAAUUUCCACGAACUCGACGGGCUCUCAGUUGAACAUCCUGUUGAAGAAAACAUGAGUAAAGUUUGCAAAUGUAUUGCCACCUAUCGCUUAUGGUUGAGGUCGGUGAAAAGUUCCCCACAAUCUUCUGUUACGAAACCUGGGGAAUGAAUUGAAAUUGUAACGAUGGUCUCCGCUUUGGGUUUUCACGAACAAGGGUUGGCGAAGAAAUGUGUUUUCUUUUUUUUUCAGUUCAUUUGUUACUGAUCGAUCUUGUGCUCAUAAUGUGUGCAUCCUGUAACGUUGAAAAAUGUUUUUUCAACGCGAACUGCUUUUCGUAAUUGAUUGAUAAUUAGUCUUAAUGUCCGUUUUAUUAAUGUGUUAUAUGAUACUUUACUAGAAAUUCUAUCCUGUGAAAUUGGAGAACCCUUUACCGUGUAGCUUGCAGUUUUUAUGCUGGAAUACGGUGAAAGAGUAUAUCCAACAGGUUGAGUGUGAAGCAUAGCAUGAUUUCAGAUUUCUUAAGAUGAUGAGGAGAUUUGACUCCCUGCUAUGGCAGCUGUUUAAGGGAAAAAAACCGGCCAAAUAUCUUAUCUUUCGCCACGCUCCUCAAAUUCCAUGGGAAGACAUCACCGUUGUUAUGUCUUAUUGUGACAUAGCUGAUGAUCCCAUGCUAUUUUCUUGAACUACGAGAACGUUUUUACGUAGUCCGUGCUUAUUUGACCCUUUUUUUUUUGCCAGUUCUCUUUUUUCUUUUAAAGAUUUAUUGCUGUGAUAGAAUUCCUUUUUAUUGGUAUGCUGUAAGAGAUUCUUUUAUCAAAAGUAUGUUUAUCUCCUUAGAUUGUGGUUGUCUUGUCACGCCAAAAUUAAUAGCUGAGCUGAUUGUCGUAUGCACUGAAAGGGAGACUUUGGGGAAUUGUUGCCAGCUGUUUAGUUGAAACUUGGAAUUAGGUUAGUGGAUUCUUUGGCUUUUGGUCUUCGAACAGCCACAAACACGAGAGAUUCUUCUGAAUCUGUGCUUGAUGCCUUCUGGAUUUAUUUGGUGGUGAUCUUGGCAAAUGGAGUCUCUCGCAUAAACCUUGAGUCCCGUUUCUUUGGAAUCCUGAAUAUACGCAUGAGAAUUAGGAAAUUUUCGUGGAAUGUAUUAUCAAAUGUUAUGUGCUUAAUCCUGAAUGUAUUAUCCAAUUUCGUGUUUCUGUUUUUGAGUAACAUGAUUGAAUUAAGAACAGUAUAGAGCUGUCUUUGAUUAUUUUUCUGGUUUAUAUAACCAUAAUGGGGAGGAAAUUUUAGCUGAUGAAUUUUUCUUUACUCGUCCUGCAAAAAGGAACAUUGUUUCAACUGUUAACUUGGACUGCAAGCUAGAUCUUAAAGCCAUAGCUUUGCAAGCUCGCAAUGCUGAGUACAAUCCCAAGGUACAAAACUGCACAACAUCUUCUGUUCAACAUCGAUAUUUACGCUUGUAGCUUUUUUUUUCGAGAGUAAACGACAUAUAAAAAAACUCUUUUAAGGUUAUAUCAUGUUUACAAGAAAUAUGUUGUACUUUUUAGAAAAUAUCCUGUUCUGAGAUCUGGAAUACUGCAUUCGUGCAACAUAUUCUAUUUAUCAGGAGAAAAUUUAUGUUAAUAAAUAAUCUGAAGAGACCAAAUGGGUCGCUUUCCGUGUGAUGCCUAUUUGUCCACAUAGUAUCUCGAUUAUUUUUUCUUCUUCUGUCAUCAUCCUUGUAUUUUCUGGGAAUGUUUCAAUUUAUUGAUGUGUAUGUUUCACAGCGUUUUGCGGCGGUAAUUAUGCGAAUCAGAGAGCCGAAAACAACAGCUCUGAUAUUCGCUUCUGGAAAAAUGGUGAGUCUUUCUUAAUCAAAUAAUAAUUUUAUCCAGUGGAAAUACCGGACAUUCUCUCAUUUAAGUUGUCAAAACUUGCUAAUUGAAGAAUAAUUUCUGUAAUUUAUGUACACCGAGCCUUAAUAUCCGAAUUUAUGUAAACCAACGCCUUUUCUUGCUUAACAUGGGAUCUCAGUGUAUCUUUGGAGCAAAUCCCCCUCACAGAAUUGAUCAAAGAUCUUUGCCCUGUGAAGAUUUUUCUAUAGAUGAUAAAAUCCUCCAAUUCUAAACGUUAUUCUUCUUUUCGAUGCAUGAUUGGGUUGACUUUUUUUUUCUUUCCCCUUUUGUAUAGAAGAUCUUGGUACACAAUUGUACGUAAUUUAUUUAUUUUUUAUUUAAUCUUCGCACGGUUUACUUCCAACAUUCGGAAAAUAAAAAUAAAUCUGUUUUAUGAUACUCUUUCUCUUGAAGAGGAAAGUCUUCUGUUGACUUUGUGUUUAUCUGAAACUGUGCAAGCUCACUGAUGCGAUCCCCCUUU